AUGAUGAUAAAGAGCUGGUUACCAGUAAGUUGCUUUCAAGUAGUGUUAAAUGUUAAUAGGGAGGACAAUGUGAAGGAUAUCCCUGUAAUUGCAAUAGUUGGGAUUGGUGGGGUGUCUGAAGCCAUUUUAGAGUCGGUGACUUCACGACAUUGCAACAUUACUGAUCUAAAUGUUAUUCAGGUCAGACUGACUAGAAAAAGGUUUCUUCUUGUUUUAGAUGAGGCCAUUUUUACUCAUCAUCUUCUACAAUUAUCUGACGAAGAUUGCUCGUCAGUGUUUGCAAGACAGUUUAAAAUUGAGGAAACCCACUUACGUUCAAACUUGAAGCUAAUUGGUGAAGAGAUAGCAAAAAAGUGCAGAGGCCUGCCUUUGGCUGCAAAAACAUUAGGGAGCUUAUUGCACUUUAAGACAGAACCCCAUGAAUGGUACGAAAUUUUGAACAACAAAAUAUGGGAUCUACCAAUUGAUAAGAGCAACAUACUUCCUUCUUUGAGAUUGAGUUACUUCUAUCUCCCUUCGUCUCUAAAACGAUGCUUUUCUUAUUGUUCAAUGUUUCCCAAAGGUUAUGUAUUUGAAAGGGAGAAGUUAGUUUUGUUAUGGAUGGCAGAAGGCUUUUUGCGGCAGACAGAGGAAGGGCAUGAGUACUUUGAUGAACUAUUAUCAAGGUCAUUUUUUCAGCGAUCAAGUGGUAAUGAAGAACAUUUCAUUAUGCAUGAUCUUGUCAAUGAAUUAGCUCAAUUUGCAGCAGGUGAAUUUUGCUUCAAGCUAAUUUAA